AUGGUCAUCUCAUAUGAGGAAGCGAAGGGUGCAGCAAUAGGCAUGCCGGCCAUGGAUGUGGUCAGAUCCGAGAGUCGGGUGGAUCACGGCGAAAUAAUUACCAUUUUGGGCAGCGAAAAGACCAAUGAGCCAAUCAUGACACCGCAUUCUAACGACAACUCUGUCGCUGGCGGAAACACCAUCAAGUAUCCGACUGGCUUGCGUCUGGUACUUCUUGCUGGAGCGUCUAUCAUGGGUGUCUUUUUGAUUUCUUUGGACCAGACCAUCAUCGGCACUGCCGUUCCCAACAUCACAGCCGAAUUCGGUGGGCUCAAUGACGUCUCCUGGUAUAGUGCCGCCUACUUUAUGACCUUUGGUGGUCUCCAGGCUGCAUGGGGCAAAGCGUUCAAAUACUUCGACAUCAAGUGGAUAUUCAUCCUGUCGUUGCUCAUCUUCGAAGUGGGCAGUGUGAUCUGUGGUAUCGCCUUGAAUUCCAAUGUCCUGAUUGUCGGCCGAGCCAUAUCUGGUGCUGGCGGCGGCGGCAUUUGGGUUGGGGGCACCACCAUCGUUGCUCUCAGCACACCGCCAAAAACGAGGCCAAUUCUGAUGGGCAUCAUUGGGCUAACCUAUGGCCUGGCCUCCGUGUCGGGUCCCUUGAUCGGUGGUGCUUUCACUCACGAUGUUACCUGGCGAUGGUGCUUUUACCUCAAUUUGCCUAUUGGUGGCGCCGCUGUCGCCAUCAUCCUCGUAUUUUUCCACCUUCCAGCUGCUGCUAAGCCGCCUCCGAUAAGCCUGGGGGAAAAGUUGAUGCACUUGGAUCCCGUGGGCAUAUGUCUGACUAUGGCGGCCAUUAUCUGCUUCAUCCUCGGCCUACAGCAUGCUGGAUCGACUCAGUCUUGGAACAGCAGCCAAAGCGUCUGUCCCUACCAAUUCUGCUUCCUGGGUGCCCUCAUUAUUCUUCUGUACUAUCUCCCCAUCUACUUCCAGUCCAUUAAAGGCGCAAGUCCAAUUGAAUCCGGUGUCGACAAUCUGCCAUUAGUAAUAUCUGUUGCGAUAUUCACCGUUGUCGGCGGCAUAUUUGUUUCCAGGACCGGUCGCCCGACGCCAACCAUGUUUGUCGGAGCAGCGAUUGCGUCAAUUGGGUGCGGCCUGCUCUACACCCUUGAUGUGGACACGUCAGUUGGGAAGUAUAUUGGAUACCAGAUCUUAGUCGGAUCCGCGAUUGCUUUUGCGGUACAGAAUGGCCUCAAUAUUGCCCAGGCUAGUGUAGGGCCAGAAGACAUUCCAGCUGUCACAGCUAAUCUUUACUUCUUCCAAACGGUUGGGGGUGCUUUCACCGUCUCUGCUGCCCAGGCUGCCUUUAUCAACCAGAUGCUCGCAAAACUGGCAAUGUCUGUCUCUGAUAUCGAUCCAGCGCGUCUAAUUGCGGUGGGUGCCUCCGAACUUCGGAGUGCAUUUAAACCAGAGCAGCUUCCUGAGAUCAUCGCCGCGUACAUGCAAGGUCUCAAGGCUGUCUUUUCUGUCUCCAUUGGCUUAUGUGUUAUUGCUUUCUUGGCCACGUUGAUUAUUCCAUGGAGUACACUGCCGACUCAUGUAUCAGACGCAGGUAAGGGUGAAGAACGGGUAAUUGUGCCCGUGUAG